UGGGCGCACCGAAAUCCCCCCUCACGUGGCCGCCGCCAUGACUGGGCUAGACUAACCGUCUCUUUGUCAACCCUUAAUUCUGGUCUUGUCCCCGCAAGCUCGGUGCGUCCGUCGAACCUUCUCCCCUCCAACAAGGAGUAGUCGGAAGGCCCAGCUUCACCUCCAACCUUGGCGCUAGGGUAGAGCAUUCUGGCAAAAGGGACACCGGCCAGGGGGCCGGCCGCGGAUCGGCUCCAACAACUUGUUGAACGACUGCAUCCAAGACUCAAGACGCGCCUUGGUAAUGAGGGGAAGCUCGCCCAAGAAGGAGAACCCAAGACCCGCUGGAAAUGAAGUCAUUCCCUGUCCCUGUCUGAGGCAUGGUUUACCACGGCACCAAAAGCUGCGGUAAGACGUUUCGUCAGACUAAAUCCUGCUCAGUACAGAUCGACCUCCUGUUUUUGGUUUCCCUAUCUCUUCCCUGUUCUCGUCCAUUAUUCAUUUAUUCAGACUUGCCAACGCUCCAGUACUUUUCCUUAAUAAUCCAGGACCCUGGUUUCGCAGACAUGUCAACCUGUCAACCCAAAACCCCAAAAAGCCGGUGCCCAGCAACACAGCCUCAACGCCAUCAUGCACUGUCCGCCCCUUUCCCGGUCGAUUCGACGGCUCCGCUGUCCACCUGUCACCUGCCAAGUAGUGGAAAUCUUGGCGAAACCUUGGCCCAAACUUGGCGUCAAGCCUCCCAUGAGAACCCCGCCCAAGGAGAUCGUCAACAACACGCACACAUACGGAGGACUCCGCACACGCUACACACUAUCAGUCCAAUUCUACUAACACAGUACUCCACCUCCAGGCUUCUGCUGGGCCACUCAGAAGCCCAACACACGACUGUCGUCACGGGCCUACAUGCCGAACUUGCCUGCAAUAAUGUGAGCAGCCUGGGCCAGCUGGUGUAUGUAUGGCACUGCCAACGUGCAAGACCAUGCCUCAAGAGAUAAUCAAGCUGCAGCCAAGAUGCCUCCGCCGGCGGGAGCCUAUCACCAGCUAUGCUUGUUAUCCACUUCAAAACCCACCGCUCCAGGAAACGACAGGCACCUCUCUCUGCUCUGCUGCCCAGUACCCUUUCACAUGGCUCUGCACUUGCCUUGCCCAGUUCGAAACUGCAGAGAGUAGCAUCCUUAUCUAACUCCGUGUUGGAUCUCAUCUCAGCGCCUCGAAUGUGGAGGACCACAGUUU